UGUGAAUAUAUUAAUAGCAAUAUAAAACUAAUAAAAAAAUUUAAUUUAUAAAUUAUAAUUUAUGAAAAAAAAUUAAAGUGAGAACAACAUAUUAAAAUUUCCAAAUAAAGAAUGCAAGAACAACAAAACAAAACGAAAGGUGUAUUAGUUAAAACACUUCUUUCAAUUAUUUGUUCAACGAACAACAACAGUUAGUAAAUUUGACUUGAGAAAUUUUUAAAAGCAUUUUUGAAAUGAAAAGAGACAAGAUUAGGUGUGGAAGAAUCUUAUGAUCUUAUCGUGAAUUCUUGGCCUACAAUGCUACAACCACCAAAUUAUUAAAAAACGAAAACAAGAGAAGAGCUAAAACCACCAACCACCAAAUUAUUAAAAAAAAAAAAACAAGAGAAGAACUAAACCACCAACCAGCGAAUAAUCAUCCUAAAAAUUGAAAGUUUGCUACUUAAGGUGUAGAAACAUAGAGAUUGAAGGCCAUUCACACUCAACCUUAAUACAUUGAAAAAAGAGAUAAAAAUGGAGAUAGCAGGUGUAUUUAUAUCACCAUUACUUCAAAUAGUAUUUGAGAAGUUGGUAUCCGCAGGGAUACGCCGAUUCCUACAUCGAGAAGAAGGAAAACAACCCCAAGUUAUUGAAGGAAUACAAUUCCAAGUUAUUGACGGAUUGCAGAGCAAAUUGAGAUAUAUCAACGCAGUGCUAAGUGACGCUGAGCAAAAGCAGUUUCGCAGCGAAAUUGUCAAACUGUGGCUUCAAGAUCUCCAAGACUUGGCUUACGAUUUAGAGGACAUCUUAGACGGAUUUACCACUGAUGCUCGACUCCAGGAGCUCGAUGAUGACUCCAGCUCGCUCAAUGAUGGCUCCAGCUCGCCCAAGAAUGGCUCCGGCUCGCUCAAUGAUAGCUCCAGCUCGCCGAAGAAUGGCUCCAGCUCUUCUUGUUUUCCAUCUAGGGUGUGUUGUUGCUUUAAGUUCAGGGGUGCCCAGUCAACAUUCAAGCAACGCAACCCGCACCGACACUCUGGCACUCCGGCAGGCGACACUGCAACAUCGAUCCUCGCCUCCUCCGACCAGCCCGCAGGCAACCAUCGCCCAGCAUGUCAGCAGGUACAAAGUUCUCUCUCUUCUGCUUCUGGAGCUCCAAAUUACUCCGCUAGCAUUGAACAGAUGAGCAAGCGCUUGGAAGACAUUAUGAGCCGAGUGGGCACUUUAGGUCUAUUACAGCAGACACACUCAAGGGAAGAGCAGCGAGAAAAGCGGACGGAAACAUCAUCUUUAGUACGAGAACCAAUUCUAUAUGGGAGAAAUGCUGAGAAAAAUCAGAUAAUUCGACGGUUAUUGUCAACAGAUGAGCCAUGUUUUGAGAAUUACAUUGUAAUUCCUGUCGUUGGACAAGGAGGCAUUGGGAAGACGACCCUUGCUCAAACUAUAUACAAUGAUGAGCAGGUGAAGGCUCACUUUGAUAUAAAAGCAUGGGUAUGCGUCUCAGAUGUGUUUGAUGUCAAACAAAUUACGACAUCAAUUAUCAGCUCAGUAAGUCAAGCAACACACAAUAAUUUCAGUAGUCUAAAUGAGGCACAAGAUAAAUUGAAGAACCUGCUUGUAGACAAAAGAUUUUUGAUCGUUCUUGAUGAUAUCUGGAGUGAUGAAUAUGAUCCUUGGGACCAACUUCAAACUCCUUUUUUAGUAGCGAAGAAGGGAAGUAGAGUUCUAAUCACAACCAGAAUGGAGAAGGUAGCAAAGAACAUGGUUAAGAGACCAACGGAAAGCCCCACAAUUAAGUUGAAGGGUUUAUCAGACGAUCACUGUUGGCUUCUGUUUAAGCAGCAUGCACAUGUAGACGAUGACCUUGAUGAGAUGCGGAAUGAAUUGGUCGAGUUGUUCAAAGGAUUGCCUUUGGCUGCAAAAGCUUUAGGUGGUCUCCUUAGGAAACAUGAUAGGAGUAGUUGGGCAAGGAUAUUGGAGAACGAUAACUGGAGUGAAAAAUGUGGUGUUUUGCCAGCCUUGAGGUUGAGUUAUCAUCAUCUUCCGCAAACCCUAAAACGAGCCUUCGCUUAUUGUUCUAUAUUCCCAAAAGAUCAUGAAUUCGAGGAGACAGAUCUUGUUUUGAUGUGGAAGGCAGAAGGCUUGCUGCCAGAGCACAACAAGGAGGGCAUGGAAGACAUCGGUCGUGACUAUUUCCUUGAUCUAGUAUCAAGAUCAUUGUUUGAACCAAGUCCAAUGAAUAUUUAUAAUUGA